GGAUGGCUGACUUCCCUGAUGUGGGUUCUGUGGCAACAAAGCUCAGAAAUACACUCAUCCAGUACUACAACACUGAAGAUGGUGAAUGGAGGACGAUUAAGACCACAAAAAACACUGUGAUUUGGCGCAAGCCAUCAGAAGAAUUCAAUGGAUACCUCUACAAAACACAAGGGAUUGUGGAAGAUGCUGUCAACAGAAUAGUGGAUCACAUCCGUCCUGGACCUUAUCGACUACACUGGGACAGUCUCAUGACCUCAAUGGAUGUUGUUGAAGAGUUUGAAGAGAACUGCUGUGUGAUGCGUUAUACCACUGCCGGCCAGCUGUGGAACAUCAUUGCCCCAAGAGAGUUUGUCGAUUUCUCUUACACAACGGACCAUGAAGAUGGACUUCUAUCAUGUGGUCUUAGCCUAGACUAUGGGGAAGUCAGGCCUUCUUUUGUCAGAGGAUUCAACCACCCCUGUGGCUGGUUCUGUAUCCCGCUCAAGGAUAGUCCUGGACGUAGUCUUCUGACUGGCUUUAUCCAGACGGAUCUGCGUGGAAUGAUCCCCCAGGCUGCGGUGGACACAGCCAUGGCCAGCACCCUGACGACCUUUUAUUCUGAUCUCAGAAAGACUCUGAAGGCAUGA